ACAUUUUACACAAUAUUGAGGAUACCACCUUCGUCCCAAAACACACACUCGCCAAUGACGAAAGACGUUGAAUCUCACGGGGAGCCGGCGGAAUUCUCGGCCAAGGACUACCAUGAUCCACCACCGGCGCCGCUCAUUGAUUUUGAAGAGCUGAGCAGCUGGUCAUUUUACAGAGCACUUAUUGCUGAGUUCAUUGCCACUUUACUGUUCCUCUACGUCACAGUUUUGACUGUUAUUGGAUACAAAAGCCAGAUUGACCCCGCUCACGGCGGCGAUCAGUGCGGCGGCGUCGGGAUUCUAGGCAUUGCAUGGGCUUUCGGUGGCAUGAUUUUCAUUCUUGUUUACUGCACCGCCGGUAUCUCUGGAGGACACAUUAACCCGGCUGUGACAUUCGGGCUGUUCUUGGGACGAAAGGUGUCACUGAUCAGAGCAGUGAUGUACAUGGUAGCACAGUGUUUGGGUGCAAUCUGUGGUGUGGGUUUGGUGAAAGCAUUCCAAAAAUCUUAUUACAACCUGUACGGUGGUGGAGCAAAUGAGCUUGCUCCAGGUUACAACAAAGGUGUUGGAUUGGGUGCUGAAAUUAUUGGCACAUUUGUUUUGGUUUACACUGUCUUCUCAGCCACUGAUCCUAAGAGGAAUGCCAGAGAUUCCCAUGUUCCCGUGUUGGCUCCACUUCCCAUUGGAUUUGCUGUUUUCAUGGUUCACCUGGCCACCAUCCCCAUCACUGGAACUGGCAUCAACCCUGCUAGGAGCUUUGGAGCUGCUGUCAUCUACAACAAAGACAAGCCCUGGGAUGACCAUUGGAUUUUCUGGGUUGGGCCAUUUAUUGGAGCUGCCAUUGCUGCAUUCUACCACCAAUACAUUCUAAGGGCAGCAGCCAUUAAGGCACUGGGAUCUUUCAGGAGCAAUAAUUAAGAAUAUCGUGCAUUUCAUUCUCACAAAUGCAUCAAAGUGGAGAGGACCUUCAAAGCUGUACAUAUGAAUUCCCUCUGGAGAUAGGGUUUCUUUAAAUUGUACCCCUAUCAUUUUCCCUUUUUCCUCUUGGUUUGGAUGUAUUUAAAUGGUAUUGUAAUUUCUCGAACUUUUAAGUGCUUCUGUAUUGAUGAUGUUAUUCAUAAAUAAGUAAAUCGUUCGUGCUCA